AUGKCGGAUCCCGCGCCCAAAAAGGAUGGCGGCGCGUCGGAGAAGGAAGUCAACGCGCAGCGGCUUGUACAGUUCAAGGCUCAGCAUCUUUUGAUUGUUGCCUUUUUCUUGCUCAUAUUCCUCUUUCACGCCCUCGCCAUCUACCUCUUCUGCAGCGGAUUCCUGCUUUCCCGACUUGUCCUCCAAGACCGAUCGACUUGCGCCAUUCCUCCCAUCGACCUCGACUACCAAGCAGGAACAUACCUCACCGGCUCACAGGAGCGAGGAUGCUGGCAUCCGAAAUCCUUUGACAAGGCCGUCGUCGUGGUCAUUGAUGCGCUGCGGUACGAUUUCACGGUGCCCUUUCAAGCGAAGGCGGGAGAUGAGCAGCCACAUCACUUUCACGAUGCGCUGCCUGUAUUAUACGAGACUUCUGUACAAGAGCCACACAAUGCUUUCCUUCGUCCUUUCAUUGCGGAUCCACCCACUACGACUUUACAACGAUUGAAGGGUCUGAUGACUGGGACUCUCCCUACUUUUAUAGAUGCGGGAUCGAACUUUGCGGGGACGGCGAUUGAUGAGGAUAACAUGGUGGAGCAGCUCUUCAAGGCUGGCAAGAAGGUCGUGCAUCUCGGGGAUGAUACAUGGCAUUCGCUGUUUCCUGGAUACUUUGAGCCGAACUUGACCCAUGCCUACGAUUCGUUCAAUGUGUGGGAUUUGCAUACCCUGGAUAACGGGGUCAAUGAGCACAUCUUUCCACUUUUGGAGCCAUCCAUGGAGAAUCGAUGGGAUGUGAUUAUUGGCCAUUACUUGGGAGUGGAUCAUGCUGGACAUCGAUACGGACCGGAUCACCCUGCCAUGGCAGAUAAAUUGAAGCAAAUGGACGGUGUGCUACGGCGGAUGAUMGAUGCUUUGGAUGACAAAACUCUUCUCGUUGUGAUGGGCGAUCAUGGAAUGGACGUCAAGGGUGACCAUGGUGGUGAAUCCGACGAUGAGGUCGAGGCUGCGUUGUGGAUGUAUUCGAAACGUGGAAUCUUUGGUCGAAAGGACAAGGCGUCUUUGCUCCCACCAGCGACUGCCAAGGAGCGAUUCGUUUCCCAGAUUGAUCUGGUACCAACCCUUUCCCUCUUGUUAGGGCUUCCCAUUCCCUUUGGCAAUCUUGGACAACCCAUCGAAGAGGCUUUCCACGCAUCCGACUCCCUCACAAAGCCGAACUAYGCGAACCUCGCUCAGGUCAGCCGACUCACCUCUGCUCAGAUCCAUCGGUACCAAGCAGGCUAUGCCAAAGCCAAGAACAUACCUGAAUCCGCUACGUCUCCUCUGUACGCUCUAUGGGCAUCUGCUACCGAGAAGUGGAAGAUGGUCACCUCCAAGCCUAUCWAGUCUGGUUAUAAUGUCGAUAUCAAUGCGUACGAGACGUUCCGAGCGUAUCAAGCGGAGAAUCUGAGGAUAUGCAAGAGUUUGUGGGCAAAUUUUGAUCUUGUCAGCAUGUCCAUGGGUAUCAUCGCGCUGGUCGGUACAUUUCUAGUCAUCGUCAUGUACGCUCAGGGUGUCAAUGGCGACCGGGCAGCACUCACUCCUGCUCUUCUUGGAUGGGGUUUGAUGGGUACCACAAUCGGCGCUACCGUAGGAGCAGUCACUGCAGCAGUAUCGGGCCUUUCUUCAAUGCAGCUGAUAGCUUUUGGAGCUGCAUUGGGAGGUAUCCUCGCUACUUUGUUGGGAUUCUAUCCGGCGCGGGAGAUCUUGAAAGUACCGGUUCCUACUACCGUCUGGGGAUGGCUUUGCACCAUUGCUACCCUGCUUCUCUGCAUUGGCUUCGCCUCCAACUCCUUCACGAUUUGGGAAGACGAGCAGUUGCUCUUCCUUCUAUCCACCUUCGCAGUACUCAUGCUCGGAUCUUCCUUGGGACAGGCGGACCGGCAAGACCAGAUCCUGGGCGCGACAAACUCGCUCUCCUUUUUGAUUUGCACGCGUCUCAGUUCAUUAUCGCGACUAUGUCGCGAAGAGCAAAUGCCGAACUGCAGGUCAACAUACUACGCCUCGUCAACCUCAUCGACCUCCGCGAGUUGGCAACUUCUGAUUCCCUUCGCUGUUGCUCUUGUCCUGCCAGUCGCCAUCAAACACUUUUACGUCCGUACUACCAACUAUCAUGGCUCGGCGGUCUUCUGGAUCGGUAUCGCACUUCGUCUUGGUUUAAUAGCGGUGGCUAGCUUUUGGGCCAUCGACGCUGCAGACGAUGGAGAUUGGUUUCCUCAAUACUCCAAAGAUACGCUCAAGACAGUUCGUGUCUGGCUGGCGUGGGCAGUGCUUGCGGUGGCAUUUGCGGCUGGGUAUCCUACUUUCUUGGCGGCCUCCCCAAUGCUGGAUGUGAAAACGGAAGAAGCGCAGGAGAAGCCUACGUCUACGUCGAAGCCUAUCAAUGACGAUGAUCCCAACACUGUCCUGACGACCAUCAAUGCUGCUCCGGCUCCUCGCUCGAAGCUCAUCAUAUAUGGCUAUGCCAACACACACGGUACGCGCUACUUCUUACUUCCCUGCGCUUGGAUUCUGGCAUUGCUACUUUUGCAAAAGCCCAUGGGCCAGGGAGCAUUAGCCCUCUGCAUGAUUUCCAUCWUGAACAUCUUCGAGGUAAUUGACGCCAACAACCUACGCCGAUCUCCUCUAGGACCAGUUCUUCUGGCUUUGCUUGGAAGCUUCCACUUCUUCAAGACCGGACAUCAAGCAGCUCUCGUCACAAUCCAAUGGGAAUCCGCCUUUGUACCACUAAAGACUAUCCAAUACCCCUGGAGUCCCAUCUUCGUCGCACUCAACACCUUUGGCCCGCAAAUACUUUGUGCCAUCGCGGUCCCCACCAUCACAAUGUGGAAAGUUCCACCUAAACAUCCCGGGCUAUUGGGACGGAUCGCGGGAAGUAUGKCGACGCAUAUCUUGUUUUAUGCUGCGAUUGCAGUUGCGACGGUGAUUGAAGCGGCGUGGUUGAGGAGACAUCUUAKGUUGUAUCGGGUGUUUAUGCCGAGGAUGUUGUUGGCUAUCACGGUCUUGGGGCUUGUGGAGGUUGUGGGGGUGUUGGUGGGGAUUGUUGGGGUGAGGUUUAGUAUGGUUAGUGUGGGGGAUAUUUUCGGGUGGGCCGAGUAA